AUGCACCGCCUUCCAGGGGAUCCACCGCCAUGCCACGCCACCCCAGUCCUCCUUAUUCCGGGAGUUUUAACGGACUCGACGGCGUUUGUGCUAGAUGCUCCAUGCCAGUCCCUAGGAUUCGCUUUGCUGGACAACUGCUACGAUGUCUGGUUGGGAAACGUUAGAGGAAACUCUUACGGGAAAAGGCACAGAACCCUCGACACAACGUCUGGUGCAUUUUGGAACUUCACCUUCCACGAGCACGCUGUUUAUGACGUGCCCGCGCAAAUUGACUACAUCUUGGACGUCACUGGCGAAAGGACACUUCUCUACAUUGGCUGGGCCCAAGGAACUCUGAUAUUUUUUACGAUGCUAUCAGAGAAACCGCAAUACAACCAGAAGAUAAGAGCCUUCGCUGGACUCGCACCGUAUCGGAAGAUUCUCGGAAACCACGUUCCAAUAAUGCAAGAGUCAAGGCCCCUUGGGUAUCAGUUUCUGCUAAGAGCAACGAAGAAAUCUCAAAAAUACGACUUCGGCCCCGCUGGAAACUUUAUAAGAUACAAGCAGGCGGCACCACCUGAAUACAACAUCCACAACGUGAAGAUCGACGACAUUGCAUUCUUUUGGAGCGAAGGCGAUAACUACGUUCUACCUUCGACAGUGCAGGACCUCAUAUCGGAACUUGGUUGGCGUGUGAAAUUCAAGCAUUACAUUCCUGAUCCAGAUUUUUCAAACCUGAAUUUUAUUAUGUCAACCGUCGGCCUAAAAAUGUACUUAAGGGAACUCAUACAUUUCUUCGAAGACUACAUAAAUCUACCACAAUAA